GUUGUCUCUUUUACUCUGAAUGCGAAGCAGCGUAGAGAGGAGAAGCACGAAGCACUAAAACCCUAGUGGAGUAAUGGUGAAGCUCACGGCUGAUUUGAUCUGGAAAAGUCCUCACUUCUUCAAUGCCAUCAAGGAGCGCGAAUUGGAUCUACGAGGUAACAAGAUACCUGUCAUCGAAAACUUGGGUGCUACUGAGGACCAAUUCGAUACAAUUGAUCUGUCUGACAAUGAGAUAGUUAAGCUAGACAACUUUCCAUACCUCAACCGAUUAGGAACUUUGCUCAUCAACAACAAUCGGAUCACCCGGAUAAAUCCUAAUCUUGGAGAAUUCCUGCCGAAGCUUCAUUCUUUGGUAAUUACAAAUAACAGGCUUGUGAAUUUGGUUGAAAUCGACCCCCUUGCCUCCAUUCCGAAGCUGCAGUACCUUAGUUUGUUGGAUAAUAACAUCACCAAAAAGCCAAACUAUCGCCUUUAUGUGAUUCACAAGCUAAAAUCUCUUCGAGUAUUGGAUUUCAUAAAAAUUAAAGCCAAGGAGAGAGCUGAAGCUGCUGCUUUGUUUUCAUCCAAAGAAGCAGAAGAGGAGGCUAAGAAGGUUUCUCAGGAGGAGGUUAAAAAGGUGUCGGAAACUGUAGAAAACCCAGAGACUCCGAAAGUGGUGGCCCCAACACAGGAGCAAAUUUUAGCAAUCAAGGCGGCAAUUAUCAACUCCCAGACGAUAGAAGAAAUUGCCAGACUUGAACAGGCUUUGAAGUUUGGACAGGUUCCCGCAGGCCUGAUAAUUCCUGAUAACAAGCCUGCAUCUGGUGAAAAAACUGUGCUUGAUGUUAAUGAAGGUUCUGCUCCCAUGGAGGAAUAGAAGAAAGUGUGGAAGUGCUCCUCCAAUCGUGGUAGCUACUGCUCGAUUGUUCAGUAAUUGUUUCUGACGAGCGGUAUUGUAAGGUUUCUGUCAGUUGGUUAGGGAACUCAUGCACAAUAGGUGGAACCUGUAAACUAGUUACUGCUCGAGAGCAUCUGUUUUGAACCCUUAAAAAGAGAGGCAAAGAGGAUUGUAGUCUUUUAGUCUGCAUUCGCAGGGAGAGAGAGGAUGAACACAGUAUUUGCUUAUGCUCUUUUUGCACUAUAGUUUCUUCUCAUAUUAUUUUUGUAUCUC